GAAACGUGGUGUGGAACAGGAGCUUGCAGUUACUUUCAAUGGCAACUUGCUUACCCAUAGCCCUUCGCGCUUUAAAAUUCGCCUAUGGUGAUCCAACGAUCAAAUGCGCAGGCGUAGUGGGCGCUGACUGGAUCCGAAAAUCGAGCAUGCGCCUAGCGGACAAAAGGCUCUCGUCUGGAAGAUCGGCAGCAGGUUAGAAACGGCAAAGGAUUUGUCUCUGGGAACCUCAAGUGCAAUAACAAGUCAGUGUUGCUUUCUCUGUCCAGAUAUUUAAGGAGUGACCAGAUCUUUUAUUUGUAAAACCAAUUUAUCUGUUGUUGAUCCUUGGAGAAGAAGUAUCUCAUCUCAGCUGAAAAUAUGCUUUGUAUCUGAAAUGAAGUUAUCUGUUGUAACUCAGUGAAAUCCACCAGAACUGGGGUGCUGAGAACACACCAGCAUUUGUUCACCAGAGAUCAUUUCUUCACAUGCAUUGAUUGUGCAAGGGAUUUGCUACAUCUGACUCAAUGAAUCACCAGAGAACUGGUGGCAGGUUGAUAUCACUUCACCUUCAGUGUGGGAAGGGAUUCACUCACUUAGCCCACCUGCAGACAAACCAGUGAGUUCUCAGUGGGGAGUGCCCAUUCUCUUGUUGUGAGAGGGUUCUACUCAGCCAUCCAGUCUGAAGAUACAUCAGCAAUUUCACACCAUAUGGAGAUGGUUCAGCAAUUCUGAACAUGGAAAGCAAUUCAUUCUGUCAUCCAAGCUAAAGGUACAUCAGAAAAUUCAAGCCAGUAAGAGGCCGUUCACCUGCUCCAGGUGAGGAAGAAAAUCACUCAGUCAGCCCACCUGCAGACACACCAGUGAGUUGACAAUGGAGAGAGACUGUUCACUGUAUGUGGGAAGAGAUUCACUCUUUCAUCUAAUCUGUUGACACAUGAGUGAGUUGGGAGAGGCCAUCCCUCUGCUCUCCUUGUAGGAAAGGAUUUACUUGGUCAUCUGACCUAUUGGCACACCAGUCAGUUUACACUGGUGAGAUGCCGUUCACCUGCUCAGAUUGUGGGAAGGGAUUUUCUCAGUCAUAUCAACUGAAGGUACACCAGCGAGUUCACACUGGGGAGAGGCCAUUCACCUGCUCAGACUGUGGUAAGGAAUUCACUCAUUCGUCCAACCUACUGAGGCAUCAUCGAGUUCACACGGGAGAGAGGCCAUUCACCUGUUCCGUGUGUGGAAAAGGAUUCUCUCGGCCAUCCCACCUACAGACACACCAGUCGGUUCACACUGGGGAGAGGCCGUUCAUCUGCUCAGACUGUGGGAAGGGAUUCACUCAGUCAUCUUACCUACUGGCACACCGGUCAGUUCACACUGGGGAGAUGCCAUUCACCUGCUCAGACUGUGGGAAGGGAUUCACUCAGUCAUCCAACCUACAGAGACACCAGUCAGCUCACACUGGGGAGAAACCGUUCAUCUGCUCGUUCUGUGGGAAGGGAUUCACACGGUCAUCGGGCCUACUGACACACCAGUCAGUUCACACUGGGGAGAGGCCAUUCACCUGCUCAGACUGUGGGAAGGGAUUCACUCAGUCAUCUCAACUGAAGGUACAUCAGAGAAUUCACACUGGAGAGAGGCCAUUCAUCUGCUCAUACUGUGGGAAAGGAUUCACUCGGUCAUCUGACCUACUGGCACACCAGCGAGUUCACACUGGGGAGAGGCCAUUCACCUGCUCAGAUUGUGGGAAGGGAUUUACUCAGUCAUCUCAACUGAAGGUACAUCAACGAGUUCACACUGGUGAGAGGCCAUUCACCUGCUCAGACUGUGGGAAGGCAUUCACUUGGUCAUCUCAACUGAAGGAACAUCAGCGAGUUCACACUGGGGAGAGGCCUUUCACCUGCUCGUACUGUGGGAAGGGUUUCACUCGGUCAUCCCUCCUACAGACACACCAGCGAGUUCACACUGGAGAGAGGCCAUUCACCUGUUCCUUAUGUGGGAAGGGAUUCACUCAUUCAUCCCACCUACGGACACACCAGUCAGUUCACACUGGGGAGAUGCCAUUCACCUGCUCAGACUGUGGGAAGGGAUUUCCUUGGUCAUUUCAACUGAGCCUACACCAGCGAGUUCACACUGGAGAGAGGCCGUUCACCUGCUCAGAAUGUGGAAAGGGAUUCACUCAGUCAUCCCACCUAGUGGCACACUACCGAGUUCACACUGGGGAAAAAGUUUAAAUAAGUUGCACGCUGGAUAUUUAACCACUCCAGAAUCAAGUUCAAAAAUUACUGUUGCUGUCGAACUCUGCAAUGAUUGCUGCUGCUUAUCACACCCACUUCUACACCCUUGUCACUGGGCACGGAAGGAGUUUCUUCUGCUGAUGUUCACCUUCAAUGGGACUAGAAUUUAAUAUUCGGAAUCUGUGAUUAAUAAAUCAAUUCUGUUUUAAGCUCUAUCUCAGGUACCUAGUGAGUCUACAACACAUGCAGUGUUAAGUAGGAAGUCAAUUCAGCCCAGCUGGUCCCUGCCAGUAUUUUAGUGAUGGGUUGCAAACAGUCACCACUCUGUGGCUGAAGAGGUUUCCCUUAAAGUUCCUGCAUGACUUUCUGCAAACUGAAAAUGAUGAUGAGCUGGACCGAGGAAUAACAAUGUAGGUUGUUAACCUCCAUCUUCCCUGUUCAUUUCAGCAUUAUGGGUCAUUUUCACUGUUUAUAAAGAGUUGUGUCUCACACAGUUGGGUUGUUAAAAUACACCACUUUCCUCUAAAGUCUGAAAGUAGAACGGAGAACCUUUAGCUGAAUGUUCAGUGGAGCAGGGUCAGAAAGCAGAGAUGGGUCAAUCAGGGACUCUGGGCAGUGGUAAGCAUAAGAGUAUAUGAUGAUGUGGGGUGGAGGCAGCAGAGUGGGGCAUGGCAAUGACUGGCGAACAUUUGGAAGCUGAUUGACAGAGAGAAAAAGUUAUGUUGACUUUGAUAAUGUACCCACACAAUGCCCUGUUGACAUUGAGUAUAUUGCUUAUGGGAGCUUGAUCUGUUAAAUUAGCAACUGAGUUCUCAUAAAAAUAUUGAUUGGUCUGGUGCCAUUUGGCAGAGGGAAGACAAUACUUGUAAAUGUUUUCAAUGGCAUUGUUCUUACCCAGCAAUCUCUGAGACUCGGGGGGUGUACGAUCACUGUGAAUCGAGCGCAUAGGUGUUGAGAGUCUAAAGGUAAGCUCCAUGCAUCACUUUUGGCUCUUUUAACAGAUUACCUUUGAAUGCCACCUGGUUCUGGAUCUUUCUGUCAAGUGAGACCAUUGUUUCUUCUAUUCUGUCUGGGUGGAUAAUGAAAACGGACACCUCUGUUUUGGGUAACAAGUGACCCGUUACAUUUGCACCACGGAAGUUCCACACAUUAACAAUUUCCAGCGAGAAAGUCUAAUAAUGUAUUAUUGACAUUGCCAUUACUGAAUUCACCACCAUCAACCUCCUUAGGGUCACUUAUGUGAACACCUCCAGGAGCAGCUGUGUAAGUACUGUGUGCUUCUACUCGGGCAUUCGGACAUGCUAUAGCAAUGGACAGAGACACACUGAACCAAAUUACAGAUUGGUAAUUGGCAGGAUUGUUCCAUUACAUUUCAGACAGGAAGAUAACUCAGGGAAUUUGAAACUGAGCCCAGAUGCCUGAACUGUGAACUGGUAGAUUUGUUCUUCUAACUUGCAUGGAGUCUCAAUAUGACAGUAUGAUGUCAGAGAUUGCGUUGGAGACUAAAACUAUAUAGGACCCUGGUUAGAUCCCGCUUGGAGUACUGUGCUCAGUCUGGUAGCCUCACUACAGGAAGGAUGUGGAAACCAUAGUAAGGGUGCAGAGGAGAUUUACAAGUUGCCUGGAUUGGGGAGCAUGCCUUAUGAGAAUAGGUUGAGUGAACUCGGCCUUUUCUCCUUGGAGCAACAGAGUAUGAAAAAUGACCUGAUACAGGUGUACAAGAUAAUGAGACGCAUUGAUGAUGGAUAGUCAGCGGCUUCUUCCCAGGGCUGAAAUGUCUAGCAUGAGAGGGCAUAGUUUUAAGGUGCUUGGAAGUAAGUACAGAGGAGAUGUCAGGGGUAGAGUGGUGAGUGUGUGGAAUGGGUUGCUGGCGGCAGUGGUGGAGGUGGAAACGAUAGGGUCUUUUAAGAGACUCCUGGAUGGCUACGUGGAGCUUAGAAAAAUAGAGGGCUAUGGGUAAGCCUAGGUAGUUCUAAGGAAAGGACAUGUUCAGCACAGCUUUGUGGGCCAAAAAGCCUGUAUUGUGAUGUUGGUUUUCUAUGUAACUACCUCAUCUGAAAUGCUGUCAUUCACCCAUUGGUGUUUUUUUUUAAAAAACUUCUUACUGGGUAGAAAAGGCAAAAGAUUUUUAUGUAUGGAAAUCUCAAACACAACAAUUCAUCAGUGAAUGCCAUUUUACCAGCAUUUGAAUACCAUUGUUCUUCGUUUGUAGCAUUGGAGAUGCUAAGUAGCAUGUAGGAUGGGUAUUACACCAAUCGUAGCAAAGAGAACCCAGACAAAUGUCAAUGUAGGGAUGAGAUUUGGAUGAAGCACCCUAAAGGUAAACCUUGCAGAUUGUCAUCGAGUUAUUGAAGGAGUGAAAAAAUAUUUCCUUUGUAACACCAGUAUAUCAAGAUUUCUUUCUUCAAAGAAUGGGGUUUCCCUUCCUCCAGUAUUGAUGCUGCCUUCACCUGCAUCUCUUUCUCACACGUCUGCACUCACCCCAUCUCUCCGCUGCCUUAAUACUUACUCAGUGAUCGCGUUCUUCUCAUUCCCUACCACCCUAUCAGCCUCCGCAUCCAACACAUCAUCCUUCACAACUUCCGCCAUCUCCAAAGGGGUCCUACCACUAAUCGUAUGUUUACCUACCCCCACCCCCAUUCCCCCUUGGCUUUUUGCAGGGAUCGUUCCCUCCGCGAUUCCUUUGUCCAUCCUUGUCACUCCCGGCACUUAUCCCUGCAAGCAGCCUAAGUGCUACACCUGCCCAUUCACCUCCAUUCAGGUCCCCAAACAGUCCUUCCAGGUGAGACAACACUUCACCUGCAAAUCUGCUGGGAUCUCUUUUGUGUCCAGUGCUCCCAAUGCGGCCUCCUCUACAUUGGUGAGACCUGUUGUAAAUUGGGGAACCACUUCAUCAAGCAAUUUUGCUCCAUCUGCCAAAAGCGGAACUUCCCAGUGGCUAAACAUAGUCAUUCCCAUUUCCAUUCUGACAUGUUAGAACAUGACCUCCUCUUGUGCCAAGUUGAGGUGACGCCCAAGGUAGAGGAACAACACCUUGUAUUCUGUCUGGAUAGCCUGCAAUCUGAUGGCAUGAAUAUUGAUUUCUGUCUCUGGUUUUAAAAGAAAAUUCUCUCUCCCUCCCAUUUUCUAUUCCCCUCUCUGACCUCUUACCUCUUGCCUGCCUAUCACCUUCUCCUGGCUCCCCUCCUUUCUCUUAUGGUCCAUUCUCCUCUCCUGUUAGUUUCCUUCUCCAGCCUUUAUCUUUCCAACCCAUCUGGUUUCACCUAUCACCUUUCAGCUAUCCUUCCUCACCACCCGCCCCCACCUUUUUAUUCUGGAGUCUUCCUGGUGACAGGUCUUGGCAUGAAAUAUCAUUUUCAUAGAUACUGCCCGACCUGCUGAGUUCCUCCAGGGGUUUCAGUGAUUCAGCCAGUCUGCAGGCACACCAGCGAGAUCACAGUGAACCUGAAGGUACAUCAGGGAGUUCACACCACACAGAGACAGUACCCCUGUUCUGAUUACGUGUGGGGAUUCAUUCAGUUGUCCAACCUGAAGCCACUUCAGAAAACUCACUGGAGAUCAGAUGCUCAACAGGGAGAGACCUUUCACCUGCUCCAUCUAUGGGAUGGGAUUCAUUUUGUUACUGACACAGAAAGUUCACGCUGGGGAGAGGUCACUUGUCUUUGUGUGAAGGUAAUUUCUUGGUCAUCCCACCUGCAGACACAUCUGCAAGUUGACAUGAGGGAGAGACCAUUCAUUUGCUCCGUAUGUGGGAAAGGGUUCACUCAGUUAUCCCAUCAUGUGAGGCAAUAGCAAGUUCACACUGAGACGCUGCACAGCCAUUCUGUGUGAGCAAAGAGGUUUCCUCGGUCAUCCCACCUGCUCAAACACCAGCAAGUUCACACAGGGGAGGCAGUUUAAAUUAUUCCAUGUUGAGUUUUUAAACCAUCAUAUUUAGUGAAUCCAGUUUCAAAUUCCAGAGUGAGUACAUUGCCACAUUCUGCAGUUAUUGCUGCUAUUUAUCGCACCUGGAACUGAACUCUGGUCGCCGAUUACAGGAGUGGUUUGUUCUGAUGACAUUAGCCUUUAACUGACUGGAGUUAAAUAUUGUGGAUCUGUCAUAAAUAAAUCAAUUCUAUUUUAAAUUGUGUGUCUCCUGUGCUUCCUGACUCUGCAGCACACUGAAGGUACAGUGGAGAGGCCACCACACUACCCAGUUGGUCCCUGUUGUGCCUCCUGCCAUCAUCCUGUAACAAUGCUCUUUUACUAUAUCUUUGUUCACUCAGCUUCCCUUUAAAUCCAUCCCUUCUGCUCACCUCAGGCUGCCCCUAAACUGACAUAUUCUGAAUGCUCACCACUCAGGAUGAAGAACUGACGUCACCAACUAACUGACAACGUGUACUAAUUCUUCUUUCAAACUUUAAUCACAGUGCA